CGCUGCGCCGCAGGCCAGGCUUCUCCAUCGUUCCAAGCACCGGAGCGGCAAAACCGUCUCCAUGGCAACAGGCCAAGUCAAAGACCUCGCUACUGAACGGCGUUAUAGACAGGGCUCGAGACAAUGACGCUGCAUACCCUCAUUAAACCGCGUUUCCAGCAGUAGUAAUAGUCAGCUAAUGCAUUAAUGCAGCCGGGGAGGGGGACGACAUACGGGUCUCUGUCUCUGGUGUUUAGCGCUCUACGAACAGCCUUCUCUUUCCUGCACGCUCAGCCGGAAGGGGCGGGGUUAUCCUACCCACGUGGUGCAGCCAGCUGGAAGUGUGUGUGUAUGCUGAGCCUGGCAGGAGGGGAGUCCCUGGGGUAAGGACAAUGGCUGGGACCAUGCUGGGUAUUGUUAUCACUGGCACACAGAGGGUCAUUGUGUCUGUGUGUGAUCUAUUAAAUGCUGCAGACAGCAGCCAUGCUUUGUAAUGCAACUCCUUAAAGGGACACUGCAGGCACCAACACAACUAUUUUAGAUAUUUGUGUAGAUUUUGGUCUCAAUAAUGAGCCCACCCCUUUUUUUUUUUUUCUUAUUUUUUUUUUUUUCUUCCUGCAAAUAAAUGUUUUGUAGCAUUCUUCAUGUUCUCUGCUCCAUUGUGAAAUACUCCUAUUCUUGCUGUUAUUUUGUACUUGGGUGCAUGAUGCCAUAGAUUUCUUUCUGGCCCUCCCAGCCUGCAGUGUUUCUGCAGGAACACAGGUGGUCUAUGACAGCAGGAAGCACAUCAAAUUAUUCAGGAAAUUGUAAAAAGGAAAAAAAAACAUAACUACAACUUCCUGAAGUCCAUACUGUACAGGGAAUUAUUAGAUAGUGAGUGUUUAAAAAAAUAAAUUAGAGCAUCCGAUUGCACGAUCACUUAAAGGAACACUAUAGUCACCUAAAUUACUUUAGCUAAAUAAAGCAGUUUUAGUGUACAGAUCAUUCCCCUGCAAUUUCACUGCUCAAUUCACUGUCAUGUAGGAGUUAAAUCACUUUGUUUCUGUUUAUGCAGCCCUAGCCACACCUCCCCCUGGCUAUGAUUGACAGAGCCUGCAUGAAAAAAAAAAAACUGGUUUCACUUUCAAACAGAUGUAAUUUACCUUAAAUAAUUGUAUCUCAAUCUCUAAAUUGAACUUUAAUCACAUAUAGGAGGCUCUUGCAGGAGCAGGGGUAUAAUAAUCUUAAUUAAACAUGACUUACAAUAAAGAAAGCCUAAAUAGGGCUCUCUUUACAGAAGGUGUUUAUGGAAGGCUGUGCAAGUCACAUGCAGGGAGGUGUGACUAGGGUUCAUAAACAGAGGGAUUUAACUCCUAAAUGGCAGAGGAUUGAGCAGUGAGGCUGCAGGGGCAUGUUCUAUACAACAAAACUGCUUCAUUAAGCUAAAGUUGUUCAGGUGCCUAUAGUGUCCCUUUAACUGUUUUGAGCGGUACACACGUGCAGUUUAUGUAAAACUUGGAAAUUAUUAAUAUGUCAGAGUUCAAGUAGUAGAUAAAAUAUAUAUAAAUGCCCACUCACAUUUGACGGAACCUCCAAGAUGGCUCCUUAUGUAUGGCUUGGAGUGGAAUGAUCCCCACUCUUGGAUAUAUGUGUGGUCUUCCCUUUCAUUUUAUAUAUAUAUAUAUAUCUCCCAAAAAUAUUAAAAUAUACAAAGGCUGCACUCACGGACUUUAUCCACGAAAAUUCUUUAUUCCAUUAAGCAAAAAGAUCAACGUUUCGGUCCACGCAGGGACCUUCCUCAGGAUAAAAUGACAAUAUAUAUGUGUGUGUGUAGAUUGGAUUAGCCAUAUUAGUUCAGUAGACAAAAUACCAGAGUAUUGCAUUAUGCAAUGAUACCUUUUUUUAUUGGACUACCAUAAUAUUUCAAAGACAAGCUUUCGAGAGUUUUCUUCUCUUCCUCAGGUCUGAAGCAAUAAUGAUCAAUCUGAUAGUUUAACACUAACAUCAGUGUUUUUUUUCCCCCUCAUUAUUCUUUAUGUUUAGUGGAAAAUAUAGAGCUUAUACAAAUUUGUUGCAGCAACGGCCGUGGCAUAUUUUUCAACAGUAUAGCAUGUUACAUAUAAGGCAGAGGAAAAUUACAGUUUGCACAUAUUUUGUUUGACACUCUGGGGUCGCUAACAACGCAAUUGUAGCCUGGUUUUGGUGGGGCAAAGUGGGUACUGGGCCUAGUGGGAUUGACCUCAGUAUUCAUGGCUGCUUCCCGAGGUGAACUCCCAGUGUGUGGAACAUGGUCAGGUAUUUAUGUCUAUGGAGUAGUCUAAAAGAUUUGCGUUGUUUGGUGGCUCACUAUGAGGAAAGAAUUAGUUGUUUUAAGUGUUAAACUCUAUAUGAUCAUUAUUGCUUCAGACUUGAGUAGGAGAGGAAAACUCUCGAAAGCUUGUCUUUGAAAUAUGUUAGUCCAAUAAAAAAAGGUAUCAUUACAUACUGCAAUACUCUGGUACUUUGGCAUCAUAUGUAUAUGUAAAAUCCACACCUUAGCACAUAAAGCAGAAGAUAAAAUAUAUAGUGUACACUGUGUUGAUAGAUUACAUCUUUUGUUAUUUUAUCUUACUCACUUGGUUAUGAGCAAAAAAAAUGCUUUUGCUCAAUCUGAAAGCAUGGGCGGUAUAUUCCCCACCAAGGAAAUUGAUGUCCAACCGAUGGGGUAAUAAGGUCCAAAGGUGAUAAUUAAGUGUACAUUUUAUUUAAAAAAAUAAAAAAAUAAAUAGUAAUUAAAACAAUAAAAGGGCAUACAAUGUGUUUCCCCCCAAAAUUAGACUUUUUCAGGUGUUUACAGAUAGAAAAUGCUAAAUUAUUGGGUGAAACGCGUCGUGUGCCUUUUUAUUUUUUACUAUUUUUCCAAUAAAGUUUACAUAUCUUAAUUGUACCUUAUUGAACCAAGACUAAAGACCUUCAUCCAUAGGUGAGAAUUUUACUGCCCAAGUGCUAUAUCUGGAGCUAGCCGAUAGCGACAAACAUUGUAAGUGUAUUUCUGGGGGUUUUUUUGUUUGGUUUUUUUUUUUUAUUGGCACACUAGAAGUAUUUACUGCAGUAUAUUACCCCUUUGUCUUUUUUUUUAUAUUUCAUAUUAAUGUGGGCCCGAGGGCUUCAUCAAGGCAAUGCUCCCUAAUUUUUAUCCUCUCUAAAAAUAAUUUAAUAUUUUAUGAUUUUGACUUUUUUUUUUGCAUAAAAACCAUUAAAACACCAAACGAUUCCCAGCCUGGAGUUCAUGAAUAUGAGAAAAAUUAACUAUAUUUAAACCCUUUUUUAAAUAAGUAUUUAUACAAUGCCAGUAUACUAAGCAGCACUUUACAGGCAUUUAUUUAUUUUGAAACUGACCUUCAAGUGUUACUCGGAACACCAAACCCUCUUAAGAUGAUACUCAGAGAAUCAACACAACUAUACACCUUGGGUGCUUCUGAGCAUCUAUAAGCUAAAGAUCAUGUGCUUGCUGUCUCACUGCUCAGUUCUCCAUUUGAGAGUUAAAUCACUUUUGUUUCUGUUUAUGUUACCCUAGCUUCACUUCCGCUGGCUGUGACUCACAGGGAGGUGGGGUCAAUUAAUGUUUUUAUUAGGAUAAGAUUGAUGAUUGCAUGUUUGUGAGGAAGAUGCCAGUAGGUAGAGGUGGGACAUAUGCGUUGGGACCAGACUAGGGGAAAGAGAUUGGAUAGGAUUCCCUGAGAUGGGAAGGCAUCAAGAGGACAUCUCAUGGGGUGACAUAGGAUAGAUCUGUUACCGUCUGGGGACUUUGCAGACACCUUAUGCUGAUAUCGCCACCGGGGGGCAGGCAAUGGUGAGUCUAUCUUACCUAAAUAUGUUCUUCGACACUUCUAGAAGGCAGUAGCCUUGCCCAAUAUCUAGAAUUGUCAGAUGUAGGAAAUAUAGAGAGACAAAGUAGUCCUAAAGCGAAAGAUGAGAUUUUGAGUGACAAUAGAUUUUGUGGUGUUGUAGACUGAGCGUGGGUAUAUGUAAGAAAUUUCCAGUAGUCCUGGUUGGAUUCUGGGUUGAGUGGGCCACGGGGAGGGGCAGGAUUACAAGGCAGGAUAAAAGCAAAAGGAUGGCCAGAAAAAUAAGAUAUAAAUGGAAUGUAAUAUUGUUAAUGGUCUUUGUGUUAAAGAAAUGUUCCGGGCACCAUAACAACUUCAUCAAAAUUAAGUUGUCUUGUAGCCAGGAGGUUCCUGGUGCUGGCUUACCUUCAGGGGUUAAAGUGAUCACGAAUGGUUUAACCCCAAAUUCUCCUCCCUUCACCAUUUUGCUCUGCUUCUUCCAUCAUCUGCUUUCUUCAAAAAAGAAGCCUUGGACUGCUGUGGUCAGGGACACUGACUGGCUUAAAUUGGUCAGCUGUUCCUCUAAGCCAAUCAGUAACUCCCCAUUCAUAAAGGAAAAAUACGUACAGGAAGGUCUGGAAAUAUUUGGACACUGACACACUUUUCAUAAUUUUGGAUUGGUACGCCACCACAAUGGAUUUAAAAUUAAACACAACUGAGAUUCAAUUGAGGUGCAGGGUUUCAGCUUUAAUUCAAUGGGUGGAACAAAAAUAUCAUAUGAAAGCGUAAGAAUUUCAACCAUUUUCAUACACCGUCCCCUUAUUUCAGGGACUCAAAUGUAAUUAGAGCUAAUUAGCAGAAUCAGAAAUAAAAUGUAAAAUUUUAAGCAUUUGUUGAGAAUCCUUUGCAGACAAUGACUAUUUGAAGUCUGGAACACAAGUGAAAUGCAUGCUUGAUCAGGUUGAGAACAGGUGAUUGACUUGGCCUUUGCAGAAUAUUUCACUUCCGGUGUUGCUUUUGCAGUAUGUUUUGGGUCAUUGUCCAUCUGUAAAGCGAACCUCCAUCCAAUCAUCUUUGCUCAAUUUGUCUGAAUCUGAACAGACCAUAUAUCUCUAUACCAGUGUUUCCCAAUUGGUGUUCUGCGGAACCCUAGGGUUCAAAAUUGGAACAAAAUUGGGGUUCCGUCCUGAAUUGCCACAUCCAAGAUGGCCACCGCUCCCUGCUGUUACCGGAAUAUCGGAAACAGCAGAGAUUGCGCGACCGCGAUCUUAAGAGAUCACAAGACUGUGCCGUUAUAGCCACUCAGGGAUAGAGAGUGGAAACAUUCAGGCAGGCGCUCAGCUCACAUUAUUGGCCACAGGAGAGAGAAUUUCUUUUACUGCCUUUAUAGAUAACCUACCUGUAGAAUAGUGCCCAUUGUGACAUAUGGGUAUAGGUUUAUUUUAUUUUUAGAGAUUGUGUUCAAAGUUUGAAUCUGAAAACAAGUAACUUUGGUUGGGCUUCUCAUUUUUUGUUGCUUAAACUUUUAUUUACAUAUACUUUUUUUCUGCUUACUAUCUGUAGAAAUCAGUGAUAUACCAAAAAAAUAAUUAUUAUUUCUAAGUGUUGUUAAAACAGCAUGCUUUGCAGUCAGGUAGUGAAAUCUGUACUAAAGUGUUUUUUUACACUCCAAGACUCCAGCUCCUUGGGUUUUGCACCCCUCCCUGUUACAGGUACCUCAUCUCAGGACCCUAUUUAAGCCUUGUACUGCAGAGACCUCAAGAUGGAAGGAUUUCCCCAAGUGAGAAGCUCAUUUAGCAGUUAGAGUAGGACCUGCCAAAGAUGGGGUACAUUGACGUUGUGGCAGGCUUAUGCAAUGUAUGAUCAUAUACUGUAACUAAACCCCCAUAAUUUUUUUGCCUAGAUUAGGUGUUUUUAAUAAAACUAAAAAAAUUGUUCUGCACUAAAAUAACUGUUUAGUAGAUAAGUGAGUGCACUGGAUUUUCAUUUUUACACUCCAAGACUAACUCAAAAUCCUACUUAUGGUUAAUUUCUAAGUGCUUUAUAAAACAUCAUUUGCAGUCAGGUAGUGAGAUUUGUUUUAAAGUGUGCUAAUCUUUUUGCUCCAAGACUGACUCAAAAUCCUUCUUACAUUAAGUUUUUUGCAAGAGCUUUAUAAGAAAUAGCAUUCAUUGCAGUCAGGUAGUGAAAUCAAUUUUUUUUUAAAUUCUAUUUUUUUAUUUUUUUAGGUUAGAGAAGUGUUUUGUUUGUUUUACCAACCAACAACCAUAAUUUUGGACAUCUGGUUAAAACAAGGAACUAUCAAGAGAAAAAGUAUCACUACCUCUAACUGUAAGUCACUUAUAGAAACUGAGAAGAAAGAUACAACAAGAAAUCGAGAAGCCAGGUCAGAAAUAGUUGAAUCUACUGUUUCUCAAAUAGCAGAGACAAGUGAAAUGUCAACGUUAAAAAGAAGAGCACAGAAUGCUACCCAAUCUUCUCAAACAAAUAAAAUAAAAUAUAAUGACCGCUACUUAUCGUUUGGAUUCACGAGUGCCAGAAAUAAAAAAUUUUCCUCGAGCACAAUGCUUACUUUGCAAGAAAAUAUUGUCAAACAGUUCGUUAGCACCUGCUAAAUUAUGUUGUCAUUUUGAGCAAAACCACCCAGAGUACAAAGGCAUUGCCUUUUUUAAAGGAUCACUAACAUGUAUUCCUGACCCUAUAGUGUUAAAAACACCAUCCAGCCCCCCUGGGCCCCUCGUGCCUCCAUAAAUAUAGCAAAAUCUUACUGUAUUCAAGCCAGAAGCUGUAGAUCUGUAUGCUGUUUGCCUUAAAAAAUAAAUAAAAAAAUAAUAAUAAAAAAAAUAUAUAUAAUAUAGCAGUCUGCUGACAUCAUCAGAAGUGGUAGCCUGAUCCAAUCGCAAUGCUUCCCCUUAGGAUUGGCUGAGACUGACAAAGAGGCAGAUCAGGGGCAGAGCCAGCAUGAUUCAAACACAGCCCUGGCCAAUCAGCAUCUCCUCAUAGAGAUGAAUUGAAUCAAUGUAUCUCUAUGAGGAAGGUUCAGUGUCUGCAUGCAGAGGGAGGAGAUGCUGAAUAUUUGGAUGCAUUUUAGGCAGCCAUGACCCAGGAAGGAUCUCUAACAGCCAUCUGAGGAGUGGCCAGUGAAGUUAUCACUAGGCUGUAAUGUAAACAUUGCAUUUUCUCUGAAAAGACAGUGUUACAGCAAAAAGCCUGAUGGUAAUGAUUCUACUCACCAGAACAAAUUCAAUAAGUUGUAGUUGUUCUGGUGACUAUAGUGUCCCUCAGGAGUAUCUUAAGACUAAACAGUUUGAGCAAAAUAUUUAAAAAUGAUAAUAAAAAGCCACUUAUUAAAAGGUUUGUGCUACGGCGCAAAUAGUUUUUCAGGGGUUCCACGAUGUUGGUAUACUAUGUCAAAGGGUUCCACGGGAAAAAAUAAUUGGUAACCCCUGCUCUAUAUGCUUCAAAAUUCAUCCAGCUGCUUCUGUCUUCUGUCACAUCAUCAAUAAACACUAGUGACCCAGUGCCAUUGGAACCCAUGCAUGCCAAUGACUUCACACUGCCUCCACCAUGUUUUACAGAUGAUGUAGAAUGCUUUGGAUCAUGAACUGUUCUAAGCCUUCUCCAUACUUUUUAUUUUUUAUUUUUUUUUUUUCCUUCUUUCUGGUACAGGCUGACCCUCUGUCCAAAGAAUGCUGUUCCAGAACUGGGCUGGCUUUUUUUUUUUUAGAUGUUUAUUGUCAAAGUCUAAUCUGGCCUUUCUAUUCCUGAGGCUUAAGAAUGGUUUGCACCUUGUGGUGCGCCCUCUGUAUUUCCUCUCGUUAAAUCUUCUCUUUAUGGUAGACUUGGUAAUAAUAGGCCUACUUCCUGGAGAGUGUUCUUCACUUGGCUGAUGACCUGUUUUACUUGCAUUGAGAGCUCCUUUGACCGCAUGUUGUUAUUUUACAGCAACAGCUUGCGAAUGCUGAAUCGGGCAGCUGCGCCGCUGACGCUCUCAGCAAAUCAGUUACUCCCCAUCCAUAUAACUGUCUUGAAAAAAGUAUGUUUCUUAUUAAGCCAGUUUUAUGAAUGGGGAUUGCUGGUCGCUCUCAGCCAAUUAGCAGCGCCGCUGCCCGAUUCUGCCAUUCCGAGUGUUGGAGGGGGCAGAGAGAAGACUUUGGGGUUAAAUUGUUUGUUAACAGUUUAACCCCUAAAGGUAAUCCAGUGUCAGGGACCUCCUGCAACCAAACAACUUCAAAUUAAGUUGUUAUGGUGCCUAGAGUUUUUCUUUAAAUAUAAAGCUAAAUGUGUACCUCUCUUUAUUUUUGUAGAUGAGUGCAACAACACGUCAAGAGGUUUUGAGCCUUUACCGAAAAAUAUUCAGGAUAGCAAAAAAAUGGCAGUCAGCAUCAGGACUGAAGGAAGACACCAUCAAAGAAAAACAAUAUAUUAUUGAUGAGGCCCGAAGUCUGUUCAAUAAAAAUAAACAUGUAUGUAAUAUAGGUCAUUGAUAAGCCAUACUGCAUUUGAAAUGUAUAUGUAUAUAUAUAUAUAUAUAUAUAUUUUUUUUUUUUUAUGGGUUGUAUAAAUGUAACACAUUAGGGACACUUGUCACCUGAAAAUUUUAUUUUUAACUGUUUUCCUGGUGAAGAACUCUGGGGACCAGCAUUAAAUCUUCUUUUGGCACUGUAACUAAGUGCCCUUAGCUCAGGCAUCUCCAACGUGUCACAGAUGUUGCUGAACUACAACUCUAAUGAGUCUCUGACCAUUUAUUGCAUUUAUAAAUUGUGGUGGGAGUAUGAGAUCCCCUGCCUUAACCGUCACGGUGACAGUGUGACACAGUGAAUUUUGUAAUAGUAAUUAAAGGACCAGUUUGGGCACCAUAACAACUUAAUUGAGCUUCCUCCCUAUCCUUCCGUAUUCUCAAAAUUGGGAAACCAGAAUGCUCUUGCUGAAUCGGGCAGCUGCAACGCUGAUUGAAUGAGAGCAGUCACCUCACGUUAUCAGCAAAUCAGUGACUCCCCAUCCAUAUUACUGUCUUGAAAAAAGUAUAUUACCUAUCAAACCAGAUUUUAAUGAAUUGGGAUUGCUGGCUGCUCUCAGCCAAUUAGCAGCGCCGCUGCCCGAUUCUGCCAGAGCAAAUGGCUAUUAAAUUUAGAGAUAACAAUUCAGCUCUUCACAUUAUGUUUAGCUAUACUGUAUACUGCAUAAAGCUGGGAUUGACAAAUGUGCUUGGAAUCUAGGAGCCAGCUAAAAAAACGUUAGAUGCCAGUUUUUUUUUGUUUUUUUUAACUUACAAAACUUUAUUUUCAACGACAAAAAUACAACUCUUUUGGGGAGGUCAUUAUUGUCACCAGGACCACUAGAGCUUAAUGUGGUUCUAGUGGCUAUAACCUGUCUCUGCAGGCUUUUCAAUGUAAACACUGCCUUUUCAGAGAAAUGGCAGUGAUUACUUUGCUACCUAGUAACACAUAUAGUUGUCAUCACUCAGAUGGCCACUAGAGGCACUUCCUACGUGUUGCAGACGCUCUGCUGAAUGUUUCCCAUAGAGAUGCGUUGAUUUAGUGCAUCUCUAUGUAGAGAUGCGGAUUAGGGCAGCGUUUUACAGCGCAUGCGCAAUAGCUUCCCAAUACUUUUCUAUAGGAAAGCAUUGGAUUGGCUGAGAUCAUCAAGCUUGAUUAUCUCAGUCAUAGGGCCAGAGCCAGCCAUGGGGAGACUGGCACAGCCUGGGGGAAAAUGUGCGUAAAACACCAUUCCUAUGCGCUCAGAGUGGGGCUGGUCACCUAAACAUACACACUCACAGACAGACACACACUCACAAAUUAUGUUUUAAUUCAAUGUAAGGGACACAGUGCAUCUUGAAAUAGUAAUUAAAGGACCAAUUUGGGCACUAUAACAACUUAUUCGAGCUUUCUCUCUAUCCUUCCGUAUUCUCAAAAUACUGCUUUCUCUGGGUCCGGUGGGAGGCGGCAGCCAGAUGGGCGUAUUGUACGACGAACAACGAGGGAGCUGUGAUCUUCCUGCUCUGCUCCCUCACAGCCCGCUUUGUGAUGCUGGGGUCGGAGUAUAGUCAUACAAUACACGCAGCCGGCAGGCCCGCCUCUGAGGGAAUGGGCUCAAAUCCCUGGCGCCUGGGAUUUGUUGUGCCCUGGCAUAACUAAAUUUCAAUAUUGGUUAUUUGGUCUUAGAAAAAGGAACAUUCUCCAUAGAUGCCCUCAAAUCUAAUUUAAUUAUUUGCAGAGCAGACUAAGGUAGCAUUUCGUAGAAUUCUGGCUAUAAGGGAAUUGCUUCUUACACUGCCUGUUUUGCUGAAGGUCACAUUUUUCAACUUUAGUUCAUUUAAAAAAAACAAUGUUUCCAUUUAGUUUACCUAUUCUUAAUCAUUUUCUUAGAUUUCUUUUCUAAGCAACAAUGCAACGCAUGUGGUCUCCAUAAAUAGCAGCCAAUAAAAUCUAAUUUAAAGUAAAAGUACCUCCUGUUUCAGUAUUGAAUUAAGCUGAAAUAAGUCUUUAAUAUGAUUGGUGGAAUUUACUUGCCAUAUGCCCAUUAAUUGUAUUUUUAAAAAUUUUGUAUCAAGGUCAGAGACUUUUUUUCCAACACCUCAGGUUUGGUUGUGGGUACAUGGCUCUUUUGGCAAGGUUAUACAAGUAAUAAAAGGGUUAAUUCGGCCAAAAACUAGUGUUUUAAGAAAUCACCGGUUUUGGUUAGAGUAACCUGCUGUGCUGGUUUCCCUCAGUCAAACAAAAAAACCCAUAAACUUACCUCUAUUCAAGCAAUGAGGCUAAGUUCUUCGCCCCGCUCGAUACUCCACUGCUAAUAUCACUCCUCCUCGCUGUCGGGGGAGGGAUAUAGGGGGAGGACAGAGUGCAGGGAGGGCCAUGCCACCAUCGACUGUGUGACACCGGCAUUCUGUGGGUGCUGGGGGUUACAUGCCAAUUAGGCACAGAAUUUCUGCUACUCGGAACUAUCAUUCCAGGCUGGCUAUUUGCGUCUCAAUGUCACAGCCCGAGGGGUUAAACUCUGUACUCAUUUCAUAGCAAAACACUGCACAUGCAGACUCCAGGCACCAUAAUUCGUUCAAAUCACUGAAGUGGUUAUGGUGCUUGGAGAAACCCUUUAAAUGUAACCAAAUUCUAACAGUAUGACAGUUUUGUCGGUUGAAGUAGUCUUUUCCGACUGUUACUAAUGGGAAAAAAAAGGCAGCUGAGAGCUUCCGACAGCAGCAGCCAAUUAGAACUCAGGAAUUGAUUCACUAGAUUGAAAUAAGCAACUCCCAGAAUUCUUCUGUUCUAAUCGGCCUUGUAAUGCUGAAUGCAUUUAAUGCCCAAAGGAAAUCCCUGUUAUCUAGAAAUCCUAUAUUCAUUCCAUCUGUGGAACAGAUUUGAAAAAAAACAAACAGUGGUAUCUACUAAAGUAAAUAGUCAGGAAUGCAAAGAUAAUUUCAAAUGUAAAGAAAUGCUCUAAGAACCAAAACAACUUUAGCUUAAUUAAGUAGUUUUAGUAUAUAGAUCUUGCCCCUGAAGUCUUGGCGUUCAAUUCUCUGCCAUUUAGGAGUUGGAUUACUUUUGUUUCUGUUUAUGCAGCCCUAGUCACACCUUCCCUGUCUGUGGCUCACUCAGCCUGCAUGAAAAAAAUGGUUUAUUUUUCAAUCAGAUCUGACAACAACACAGUUUGUUUACUUUAGAAGUCUGUAUCUCCUGCUAUGUUAAUUCAGCUUUAAUCUCACACAUUGGACUCCUGCAGGCUGUUAAUACAGCAGUGAAUAUGAAAAUCAAACACAGCUUGCUUGAUAGGGGUAGGUAACAUAAUGUAGACACUUUUACAGGAAAUUUGUAAGGAGGCUGUGUGUCAGCCAGAAAAAUUGUGGGUACGUCUGCAUAAACAAAGUAAUUUAUCUCCAAAAUGACAUUGAAUAUAUACACAAAACUUUCUUGUGUUUCUUUUCUAAGUGAUUAUUCUUUUAAAGGUCCCUUUUUAUCCAAAUAUUUCUUAAACAGUCUUAGUUAAUCUACAUAGUUCCCUUGAAUUCGAAUAUUUUUGUUACAUAACUAGAUGCUUAACUAAGUUUGUUUCGCAUUUUAGGAGUAAAUGAAACCAACUGAAUUCUGAAUUGGCUAUUUUAGCUCAAAAAUAAUUUUUUUUUUUUUUUUUGAAAUUCAUCAUUCAUUUUUUUUCAAGGUUAUUCACUAAAGCCUGAAUGCAGUCUGGAUCAUUUUGGUGAUAGUGCCUUUUCAUACACUAUUUAUAUACACAAAAUUGAUACAAGGGAUACUUGGGGGGUGCUCCAUUUUUUUUUCUUCUUAUUCCUAUCUCUCUCAGUGCACUCAAUGAUUCCCAUUGAGAGAAGCAUUGAGGCCCUGCAGCGUCUGUGAAGUAAUCAACGCGCUCCAUCGGUCUGAUGCUUUUUAUAGAGAAACAUUCGGUAUCGAUGUUUCUUUAUGAGAACCAAUGCCUUCUGCUUUGAACGAUCAUUAAAAGAGAAUGAGACAGGGAACCCUCCGGCUGCUAACGGCUAGGAAGGUGCAACUAAGGGCUCCAUAAAAAUGCUGAUUUGUCUUGAAAUCUGCAGUUUUUGAGUUAACAUUGACCUUCAGUUAACCCGCGAAGCACUUCAGCAAGCUGGGGGACUGCACAAUCAAAGUUCAAAAAUUUUCAAAACAUGCACGCAUUUACUUUCUAAGUGUGCUCUAUGUGCCUUAGGUGACCUGAUUAAUUUGAAGAUCAAUGCAAAACUUCAAGACCUCUAGCCGAAUCCCUUGUUGUCAUUCUCCCUUUAUUACCUUUUCAUUUAGGAUAACAUUCCUUUAAAGCGAAGGUCAAUAUUUUUAUUAGCAAUGUGUGCUCAGGUGUAUGGGAAAACAAAUCGUAGAACGUUUUGAAUGGCUGUGACAUGGUUGUUUCCUGUUUAUCUAACUGGUAUUUGUCGCGGACUCCACUUCAACAGUUGGGCUUCAAACACUUAGAAAAUGUUCUGCCAUCGUAACCUGUGUGAUUUGUUGUCAGACUGUUGCAAGCGUCACGUGUAGAAAAUAUCACACACAUUAAUUUUUUUAAUUAAAUAGUAAGUUUUCCAUCCCUGCUAUAGUCAUUGGGGACAAGAAGCUCCUGUGUGGCAAGUGCCAUGCUCCUCCAAUCACAGAAGCAUUCAGAACAUCUCACUUCCCAGCUCAUCUUUGCUGCUAGAACAAAUGCUUCUUGCAUUAGUAUGAGCAGCAAUGAGUAGCCGAGCUAGGAUGAGAGGGUGUUGGUGGAGUCACAGGGGUCUAUUGACUGUAAUUUAGGGGUGGAAAUGAAAGCAGUUUAACACUGAACAGUGUAAACACUUCAAUAAGAUUAGUGUUGCUAGGGGUGGAUUUCCUGCAGGACAUUCAAUUUCUUCUGCAUCUCCCUUCCCUGUCUCCUCAUCACACUAUUUUACAUAUUUAUGUGAUUUAAAAAUCUAUAGAUAUCCAUACUGGGCUGUAUUAGCAGAGCUGAAGCUCCAGGCCCGUGCCCCAUUCCGGCUGUCUGAUUACCAUAAAAUGGUUAAUGUAAUCCUUUGUGCAGUGUGCAAAUGUUACUAUUUCUCUAAUAGCCAACAUUCUCCGCAGGUCAUGUGACAUGUACCCUCUUUGCUAAACACACUUUCCAACUGCCCCAACCUGCAUACCAGGAGUCCGAUUUUGUCUGGUAGUAAAAUGGGAAGGUGAGGAGUUGACGCAGGUCUUGACAAGAGGACAUCUUCAGAGUUUGGAAUUAAUGAAGGAGAGUGGGUGACCUGGCAGAUCAGAUGAUGAAGUGUGAAGCAUGGGUGUAGCCAAGGAUGGGGAAUUGGCAUGUGUGUUGACAGAGAGAACAUAUGCCAAUACAGAACAACUAUGUUUGUUGUAUGUACCCAAAAUAGCUUAGCAGGAAAAUACAUGUGGUCAACUGAAUAUCAACGUGCAUGCAUCAGUAUAGGUUGCAAAGAUGUCAAGCUAACGCAUCAUUUAUGACAGCAUUGCCUCCCCAGUUGUGAGGUGCAUCACGAACACUCUCAUAUAGCAGUUACACCCCUUCACAUACUGAUUUUAGGGAGACAUGAUAUUUAAAUCUUAAGCAGGAUACCAUAAAAAAAACCCAGGUCGAGAAGAUCCAGUUAGAAUGUACGGCACUUUUAGCUUUAUCUAUCUGUUAUUAGGCUCAUUAUAAUCCCCAGCACAUGGUCCACUGGGCUCUUAAUCUGGCACUAUAUAUGUCUUAUGUAUAAUGCUUUAAACAAAUGGGUUUCAAAAUUCACAUCGGAGCAUUCCUUUCAAGAACAGCUAGUAUCAAUACUGACCGUUACUGCCACAAUUACUUAUUUCAGAUUCAUUAUAAUUUGCCAGUUAAUGCUUAUUGUAGAUAUUUGUAGGCUGUGUCUCAGGGAUAAUGUUGAUAUCAAUUGUUUUGAGCUGUGUGAAUGAAACAAUCUGUAGAUGAGUAGAUCGUGCAGUCUCAUAUUGUACCAUGUGGUGACGCUGAAUACAAGCUCUUAUUGAUGAAAUGGUUUAACUCUCCAUCCUGUAUUGCCACAUUUAGGCACUUUACGUAAUGAAAUCCUAUGCAUUCAGCAUUUACUCUGAAUCUGGUCUAGCUUUCAUCACACAAGCAGACUACAAAUUCUAAAUAGCAUUCCCUCCACACGGUGUACACCUCAAUUAAGGGUGUAAUGGUGUAAGUCUCCAAACUUCAUUAAAGUAUCUGCCCUUGUUUGGUUCUUGCAUUCUUGGCAUUUUAUUCAGAUACUAUAUCCUGUCCACAACAUCUGGAGGGCCAAAGGUUGCCUACCCCUGAUAGAAGUGGAUUCCCCUAUUAUGGCAUUGUUAAAGUCACUAUAACCAUUUCAUCUGUUUGAAUUGGUUAUAGUGCCUAGAGUGCCCUGGCACUGUCCCUCCAUUCACUGUUGCACCAUGUUACAAAACAAGAGUUCCUGGUCACCCACAGUCUAGCCCCUUCUAUAUGUGUAGCUAAGGCAAAGAUAACACUUCCUUGUUGUCAUACCCAUUCAUACCGUCAGUUGGAGCUCUGACAGGCUAAAAGCGGUCAGCUGAUACUCGGCCAAUCACAGCUGCCCAUUGCUGCUCAGGUGAAUACUUCCUUAUUAGCCAAAGCAGCACAGAGGGGAUGGACUGCCAGGGACUCUUGUUUAACUUUAACACAUUAAAAACUGAAAUGAUGGUACCAGGGGACUCCAGACACUAUAACCAGUUUAAUGAGAUGAAGCAGAUACAGUGCCUACGGUGUCCCUUUAAGUAGAGGCGUGUACUGGUUGAGGGAAGGCCCCCACCUCCUGAUCACUGCUACACAAGGUGGUCCUUUUUCGUGAAUUUGAGGCACACUAAUCCACUGUUUGUUCUGUAAAAAUCCUUUUAUUCCACACGUAGGGGUAAAAAAAAAAAAAAAAACAUUGUGACAUAUAGCACAGUCGCCCCACCUCUCCUAUCAUGAUUUCCCUACUGUCCAAUGUUUGGGGGGGUAUAAGCUUGUAUUUCCAUAAUUCUGCCUUUUGAUUUUUUUUAGCCCCCGCUAUUUUCUUUUUCUUGCUUUAUUUCUGACAUUAGUGUUAUGCACAGCAACUCCAAGGACUGGUAAUACAAUCCCGUCUACCUUUUCUUAGGACUGACCAUUGAUAAAUAUUUGAUUUAAUAAAUGGAAACCCAACUCUAGUUUGUGUCUGCUAACUUAAAGUAGAUGAGAAUGGAACUGCUCUUUUACAAUUGAAUUUCCUCUGCUUGUUUUAAAUUAGUGAACUCAAUCUAGCUCCGUCAUAUUUCCUAGAAUAAGCACAACCGCAAUACCAUCAGAGAUAGUAGAGGUAUUUUAGCUUGAUCUUUUUCAUAGUUUUUGAAACUAUUUAAAAAAAUAAUUUUUAUAUAUAGAAAUUCAAAAAAUUUAAAUUCACAAAUCUCCCACUAGGUGGUACUGUGAGACCCAAAUAUCUCAGUGUUACUAAAAAAGUAUGCUGAAACAGCGUCUGUCAAUGGUGGCAAAACAAAUGUAGGUAAAAGGUGUGUGUGUGUGUGUGUGUGUGUGUUUUUUACCUAUAGUAAAUGUCAAAAUAAAGAUUAAACACAGUUUAGUCUAAUGACUAAAGGGAUUUGUCAGUAUAAAAAGUAGCUUGAAGUGUCUUGAAACACAGAAAUUAAAAAUAUAUACCUCAAACUAAACUGUACAUGUUUUGGUUUUUUUUUUUGGUUUUUUUUUCAGCCAGCUCUUUCGUCCUUAGUGUUUCAAAUCCAUUCUCAAGUAACUCUAAAUCACUGUCCAUACAAUAUGCUAUAGCACAAGCAGACAAAAAGAAAACUACAAACAGAGGUGGUGCCCUCCCAUAAUUUGUCUGUCCCUCUUUUCUAGGAGUUUCACAUUGUUGGGGUGUUUAAGUGUAUAACAGAGCUCCAAAGCAAAUACUUACAGCAAAGUGUCUUUAAACUGCAAUAUAUGUGUUUAGAAAUCACUCUGUGUAAAUAUAAGAUACAUUUUCAUUUUAAAUUACAUUUUAGUUGCAUACAUUAUCCGUAAGUCACCUAAAGCCUUUGAAAAUCUCCCUACCUGGCCACACACAUGCACUUACAUCUUUAAAGUGACACUAUUGUCACUAGAACAACUAUAAUCAUUCCCUUCAGGCUUUUUUCAGUAAACAAUGUAUUUUCAGAGAAAACGCAGAGUUUACAUUACAACCUACGGCAGGGAUAGGCAACUUUCGGCACUCCAGAUGUCGUGGACUACAUCCCCUUUAAUGCUCUUACACCCAAAAUGCUGGCAAAGCAUCAUGGGAGGUGUAGUCCAAAACAUCUGGAGUGCCAAAGGUUGCCGAUGCCUGGCAGAGGGAUACCUCCCCUGGCCACUCCUCAUAUAGCGGCUAGAGGUGCUUUCUGUGGCAGUGCUGCACAGUGUGCCACACUGCUGUUCAGUGUCUCCACCCUCUGCAUGGAAACACUGAACUUUCCUUAUAGAUAUGCAUUGAUUCAACAAGGAGAUGCUUAUUGGCCAGGGCUGUGUUUGGCUUGUGCUGGCUCUGCCCCUGAUCUGCCUCUUUGUCAGUCUCAAUCAAUCCUAUGUGAAAACAUUGUGAUCACUUCUGAUGAUGUCUGCCAAGCUGGAAGAUCAGGAGCCGAGUCAGCAGCUGCAGGCUUGUAUAGAAGGAAGAUUUUACUAUAUUUAGGAGGACAAGGUUCUGUGUUUCUUUAAAACUUUGGUAUAAAUGCAAAUGCCUCAGAUGGGAAAUAUGAUAGCAAUAUACAAAUAUAUCCGGGGCAAAUAAACAAUUGACUGGAAAUCUAUUCAUACAGAUGUUCAAACAGCAACAGGAUCCAUUCAUGCUAAAACAUAAUUUUCAGGGAUAUCAUUUCUACUUUGUGGGGUAAUAGCUUCUUGAUUCAAGAAGAGAUCUGACUGCUAUUUUGGGGUCAAAAAGGAAUGUUUUCCUAGUUUGUUGCAAAAUUGGAAAGUGCUUUAGACUGGGUUUUUUGCCUUCUUUCGGAUCGACAGCAAAAACAAAUGCGAAGAAGGUUGAACUUGAUGGACACCUGUCUCUUUCAGCCUGUGUAACUAUGUAACAUAUUCUUGGUAGUAUAUCUACUAUUUUUUAUUUAUUUAUUUAUUUGUUCCUUCAAAGGGAACUCCAAAUGCCGUAGUCACUGCUGCUUAUUGUAGUCUCUCAGGAUCUAAGAAACAAUAACUUCAGACUGUAUGUUUAUAUGUCAAAAACCUAGAGGACUCCCCGGCACCUAAAGCACACCAAUUUUUAUAGAUUUUACUACUGGUAAUGCCACCGAAGUAAGAAUGGGUUGAUGACUUAUACCAGGGCCUAGUUGUGAUGUAGUUGGUUGUCAAUGUAACAAUGUUCCAUUAGUAGGUUUCAUUUGCAAGAAUAACCACAACAAUGGCACUAAUUGGUGUCAGGUCUACCAUUUACCUAUUAUGUUCCAUAUGGACAUUGCUGACUUACAUUUUUCCGACUCCUCUGUUUUGAUCUCCAUUCACUUUAAUGUAAGACCCUACAUGUGUGUAUUAACCCAGAGCACAGAUGUUGGUUCAGAAAACAGUUCUCUAAUAUGUAUUGUAAUAUUCUAUUUCAGAUCACUGCUACAGACACCGUUAAUCAGUGUAUAGAAGAAUGCAGAGCACGGAUUGAAAUUGGAUUACACUACGGAAUCCCGUACCCACGACCUGUAAGUAUUAAUGGUAUAAACUUCCAAAAAAACAAAACACUUGGUUCUGAAGGCUUUUCCAUUCCUUUUACUUAUUAUGAUGGUCAAGUUGAAUACUAACCAUUUAUUCCCAAAAAGUUAAAAUGACAAAAAACAGAUAUCCAUUAAGAGGUAGCUCCAUUGUCAUUUUUUUCCGCUAGUUGGAAAGUUAAAUAACUACAUAAAGAGACUUCAACCUUAAUUCAAACAUUAUCCAAGUCUAAGCUUUAAAGUAUCACACUUUACCCUUGACGUUAACAAAUAUUGUAUGACGCCCUCUCCGUAGGUAGCACUCCCCCCUCUCUUGCGAAAGGCGCCAUGGAGUGCUGAAACGUGCGUCGAGUUUAGAUGCUGAUACUUUUAAUCUGGUUAGGUUUUCUAUGUAGCCGGAUACUUCGACUUUAGUGCUAUAGUCAGUUAAAUUGACAUGAAGGAGAAAUAUAGAGAGGGUGUGUAUUGGGUCUGAUCUAUCCUUUCAGUUUUAUGAUUGAGAUGGGGGGAGUUCUACCUACGGAGAGGGUGUCAUACAAUAUUUGUUAACAUCAAGGGUAAAGUGUGAUCCUUUAAAGCUAAGACUUGGAUAUCUAACCAGCGAUACAGCAUGCUUUGUUCCUAAGUGGACGUUUUGAUUUAUGUAGUACCCUUUUAGCUUCCUGUUGCUGCUAAGAUUCCCAGAUACUUGUCUUUCACACGGAAUCAAUCCUAUUUAGAGAUGCCAAUUAGUUGGGUAUUUUCUAGUUUACAACUUUGAUCCCUUAACAUCUGAGUAUUGUACUCUCAAUCUAGAACUGCGAUAUCCAUAUAUAGGAUUUAAAUAUCUAACUGGGGAAACUGUAUGCUUUGAUCCUAGUGGGUUAUUUAUACUUAUGCAAUACCCACUCAGAUUUUCUCCUCUUUUUUUUGCUGCAGAUAUUUAUCUCCAACACGGAAUCACACUCAACCUAAAAAUCAUAGACAGUUGCAUGAUUUUGUAUGCAAAAUUCUAUCCCUCAACUUUUGAGCACUGAGCUCUUAACCUAUAACAUAGGGAAGAUAAGGCCUACAUAUUUCCUUUAUCCUUAAGCUAUUAUACAUCUCAGGAUUUCACUCUAAAUACCCCACCGAUCAAACCUCAUGUAAUCCCACCCCCAUACCUGCUUUAACUGCUAUAUUGGAGACUUCAAAUUGUGUGGAUACAACCACCUGUUACUUUGUUGCUACAUAUGCCUAUUAGUAACUACUCUCCAAUCUCAGUUUCUAGAGAACCUUUAUUAGGUUUAUUUAAAUGGCUAUAUGACCUACUCUGUUCUUUGAACAGUAUAUUAACAGCCAUUCCUAAACAUACCACACAGGCUACAUAGAUCCUUUCCUUUUUAAAGGGACACUCCAGGCACCCAGACCACUUCUGCCCAUUGGAGUGGUCCUGGUGCCAACUCCAACUACCCUUAACCCUGCAAGUGUAAUUAUUGCAGUUUUUUUUUAUAAACUGCAAUAAUUACCUUGCAGGGUUAACUCCACCUGUAGUGGCUGUCUACUAGACAGCCACUAGAGGGCACUUCCUGGUUUAUAGCACAGGAAACCUGUGCUAGAGCGUCGCUGGACGUCCUCACGCUAUGUGAGGACCUCCAGCGUCGCUCAUUUCCCCAUAGGAAAGCAUUGAAAUACGGAUUGUUUUCCUGGCCCUGGAGUUUCCCUUUAAGUCACCAGCACGCUUGAAUUUUUUCCCUUUUUCACCUUUUAUGUUUUUUGUCUGUUGAGUUUACAUGUUUUGUGCAGUACAAUACAGUACUGAAUAAAGAGAUUUUAAUACUUCUAUUUUAUUUUGCCCUUUGAGUUGCCACUCUAGAUGUGGGUAAAUCCUUGAGGGACUUCUAGGGAAUGGAUACUCAUGUGCUGUCGGCACUCGCUGUCUCCGUCCUCUCUUUAGCCCCCUGAGGUAUCCUUUUUCUUUUUUUUUCCUUCUACACAUAUUGAUCCACACCAGCAAUGGGCGCUGUGAUAGGCUGAAAGCAGUCGGCUUACACUCAGCCUAUCAUUACUAACCAUUGCUACUCAGGCCAAUGCUGCCUCCUUAACCCAAACAGCACAGAUAGGAUGGUCUGCGGGCGACUCUCUUUUAUCAUUGAAACAUUAAAUAUGGUUUUACUUUAAAGAAAUGUUCAAAAUGACUCUAACCACUGCUAUGAGCUGAAGUGGUUACAGUGCCUGCAUGGUGCCUUUAAAGCUAAUGAUAUAUUAUUGUGAUUUCAGACACAUCUGCCUCCUAUGGGACUUGCCAUACCUCACAGUAAAGGCAUGCGGACCCAAGAAAAGUUAAGAAAGCAAGCCAAACCAGUCUACCUAAAAUCACAUGAUGAAAUCUCCUAGAAAUAGUUCUCUAUUUACUGCAAAUAAAAAUAUAAUAGGGGGUUUUGCCGCAUGAAGUCCAGCUUGUGUGUAUUUUACCCAAUGCUAUGUUUAUAGUGGACACUAAAAGUACACAAAGAACACAUGUAUUUGUUAUUGAUUUAUCAUCUAGAAGUGCAGGACCAAAAGUAGCCUAUCCCUAGUUUCAUUUCUAAAAACAAAAAAUGAAAAAGGGGGAGGCUGGCUGUGGUGCAGAGGGAGACCCAAAUAAACAUUUCUGCCAUGUGUCCUAGGUACACUUCUAGUUAGCUCCACAGAGCUAAUGGAAAAUUCUGGUACGCUGGGCUUAAUUUGUAUAAUUAAUUAAAAAAGCAUUUCCAAUUAACACCCAGUUCACUAAAGAUUAAUAGAUCACUCUUUCAAGUGCACAUGCAAACAUCAGUAUUUUGAUUACUAUGUUAAAGUGCUAAAUCAGGGUUUCUGGAAUAAGCAUUGCUGAUCUGGACUCGAUUAGAAAUGACAAACAAAUAGGCUGGAGUUUGUCCUCCCUCACUAUAGGUCCUGAAAAAAACUUGACAGGUUUAGCCAUAACAUUUUACCCUGUGUUUAUGUACCUAAGGUAUAUUCUAGGUUAAAUGUAAAAAAAAAAAAUAUAUAUAUAUAUUAUAAAAUAUCCAAUGCUUGCACUCCAGUAUAAGCAAUAAAAUUAGCCCGGUGCUGGUCAGCAAAAUUACAACAAUCUAUAGACAGAUAGGACUCCAAGGACUUAUUAGUAAGAUGAAAAAAGUAUCAACUUAGCUUCUAUUCAGCAUAAUGCCACAGUGAAACAACGUUUCAGUUCCCAGUCGGAACUUUCGUCAGGAUAAAUCUUAAAACGUCUUUCUUUGGGAAAUGAUCAUUCAUUGGAGACGUAGCUUAUAUUUGUUAGGACACAAUCAGGUUUCGAAUUGAAAUCCCUUUUAUUUAAAUUUCUAUUAAAAUCUGUUUCACUAAUUGAUCGUUAUGUUGCUUGAUUUUUACUCUGUAACUAUAAGGUAUAUUUAGGAAUAUCUCAUAUUGUCCUUAAUGGGAGUGAUUGAUAUCUGGCGUCUCCACUUACUAUUGGAUCCUCCAGGUAUAUGUUGAUGGGCUUUUUUCUACCUUACAUUUCAUAAGUGUAUUUCAAUAAAGCAGUGCUUUUAUUGCAUUA